UGUAAAGGAAAGCAUAGCAGUCUUCUUCAUCUGGCAAGAGAUCCAUAGCUCAUAUCCAACUUUACAAGAUAAAACAGCAGCUUCGAGUGAAUUUUGUGUGAAAUUGAACGAUGUAGAUCAAAAAACUCUGCUGAGAAUAGCACCAGUUAUACUUCGUGGGCCUUAUAAUGAAAUCAAGACAUUUGCCUUAUUCGAGGAAGGCUCCACAUGCUCGAUGAUGGAUGAAAAUUUAGCUAUGAAAUUGAACCUCUCUGGACCCAUCGUUCCACUCUGUUUUCAAUGGACAAAUAACAUUACCCAUUUCGAGGAUGAAUCGAAAAUGGUUGAUGUUGAUAUUUCUGCCGACAGCAAUAAACGAAUCUUCUAUAAUCUGAAAAAUUUGAGGACUGUUAAAAACUUGAGUAUACCAAACCAGAAAAUCAAUGUAGAUCUUUUGUCUCCGAAUUUCCCACAUUUGAACCGAAAAAUUCUAGAGGCCGUGGAGAAUGCAACUCCAGAAAUUCUCAUUGGCCAAGACAAUUGCGGACUAAUUAUACCACGUCAGGUUAUACAACCAAGAAUAAAUCAACCUAUUGUGUCCAAAUCCAAAUUAGGUUGGACUAUUCAUGGAGCACUCACUGAUUCAACUGAUGGAAAUGAAAUGAAUCAUGAAACUCUGUGUUGCCGACAUAUUGAAGAUGAUGAACUCCAUCGUAUGGUGAAAGAUAGUUUCAAGUUAGAAGCUUUCGGAGUGAAUGAAAAAAUCAUCAGCUCAGUAGAAGAUCGCAAAGCACUUGAAAUCAUGAAUAGCACAGCUAAAAGAAUUGGUAACCGUUGGGAAAUUGGACACCUUUGGAGAAAUAUGGAUGUCGCAUUUCCUGACAGCAAAGUAAACGCACUCAACCGUCUUUCCUGUAUGGAGAGGAAAAUGAAGAAAGAUUGUGCAUUUGCAAAGCAGUACCGUGAAAGGAUCCAGGAUUACAUCAACAAGGGUUAUGCAAGAAAAUUAGAGUUAGAGGAAAUCACAGAAAAUCCGAGAAACUGGUUUUUACCACAUUUUGCAGUGUGGAACGUCCAUAAGCCCGGUAAAAUCAGACUUGUCUUUGACGCUGCUGCAAGAUCAUUUAGAUAUAGCCUCAAUGACUUUUUACUACAAGGUCCAGACUUUGUUCCUUCCUUGGUUUCCGUUCUAUGGCGCUUUAGGCAAGGAAAAAUUGCAUUUAGUGGGGACAUCAGGGAAAUGUUUCACCAAGUGUUGAUAAAAAGGAAGAUCGAUGUGCCCAACGAUUUCUUUGGCAUGAUGAAAAUAACCUUGGUGGAAUUCCGGAUGUUUAUGAAAUGA